AAUACAGACGCGGCUACUAAUUCUUCCGGUAACAUUUCGAUUCGAAGGUUAAAUUUCGAAGAAGUGGUAGAUUUUUGUAGUGUUUUCGCGACGCUUAUGGCUUACUUGAAGAAAACAUGAGUUUUCUUCCUGGAACAGCGAGUCUUAUCAAAGAAAUAGACAAAAAACUUCUUGUGCUCUUGAGGGAUGGCAGGACACUCAUAGGCUACCUCAGAAGUAUUGACCAGUUUGCAAACUUAGUUCUUCAGGAGACAAUCGAGAGGAUCUAUGUAGGAGACAGAUAUGGGGAUAUACCUAGAGGAAUCUUUCUUGUACGGGGUGAAAACCUGGUGCUUUUAGGGGAAAUAGACCAAGACAAAGAAGUCCAAUCUAAGCUACAAGAGGUCUCAGUAGACGAGAUCCUAGAGGCCCAAAGAGCGGAACAGAUAGCCAAGGAAGAAGAAGAAAAGGCCAAAGUGAAAGCACGCUUACAACAAGGCAUGCCUCUAGCAACAGCAGAAACUUAUCUCACACAUGAUGAUAAAUUCCUCUAGAUUUCAAGUAAUCUAUGUUACACAUUUGAUGUAAGUGGAAUUCUGUAAAAGUCUUACUACUGUUACUGCUUAUUGUGUUGCGUUGUAUUUAUGGUGUAGAAUUUGUGUUUUAAAAUGCUUACAAUUUAAAUGUACAGUUAUCUAUUACUUGAAUACAAAUAACAAUUAAA